GACUGCCCAUGGUGGAUGGGCGGAGCAGUAAGCAUGCGCUGAGCUGGCAGACUCUGGGCUGGUCCUGACGGGCUGGCUGGGCUCCGGGCGGCUGUCUGUGCGCUUCAGACGGUCUUGGGGGAGACUACCACCAACACUCAGCGUCUCCUCGAGUGCUCAGAUAUAAUAAAAAAUAAAAUUAAAGAAGAAGAGACACGAGGAUAACUGCGAGAAAAGAAAGCAUACAGCCCCACCUCGGCAUCUGGAAAAGCACCGAAGAAGAAGGAGACGAUCCUCCCCCUCUACCCCAUACCCCCGUCGCCAACCCGCCCUACCCUACCCACCACUUCGUGCCAUCCCUGUGGUCUGAACUGCCCUCCCACUCCGUCAGGAGAACCACGGCCAUCCAUAGGAAACCCCCACUUGACCAGCGUUGCCAUUAAGCGAUGCGCUUUGAAUUUAAGAAGAAAUCACCUAUGCGUUUUUGAUGCACAACACAACCAGUGGCUUCAUUUUUUCCUCAGCGGGAACACUUAAGGUUACGGAUUUGGGUGUUUAUACUUUUUGACGGGUUUCCAGUGGCAUGAUAACAUGCAUAAUAUAUCAUCCCACGGCAACAGACAAGGCUGUCAUUCCAUAGAUUAGUCUUUAUUUGAACAACCAGCUGUCACAUACGCUGCGUUUCAGUUUAUGUUUAACAUUUCCCAUGCUUAGAAAGAAUCCUGACAAUGGUCUGGGAACGGACCGCCUCUCCAGACACCUAGAAAUAUUUUUUCAAGACGUAUCACAUCUAUAAUUUCGUGUUUAUCGAAGAAACAGCGACAAAUUGACGAGGAGUCAUUUGACACCGACGCCGCUUGAGCCAUAGGACUUUGCGUGCGAAGUUUGCACCGGGAAGAGGGGGGCCAAGUCGGAGAUAUCUCGGCCAUAUCCACGGCAUUUUCCCUGUAAGGUGGGAGGUCAGCGGGUUGUGGUCAUGCUGUCCCUGGACGAGCCUCUGGACCUGAAGCUCCCUAGGCGGGCCAAUGGGCGGGACAGAGGAGCGCGCUCUCCACCUCCCUCCCCGCUGCACCCCAAGCGAGCUCGUCAGCUCCGCAUGGCAGAUGAUGGCACCGCAGUCAUAGAGCCCGCCUCCCCAGCUUCUCCCCACACAGGUGUGCAGGUGGUCACUCAUGAUCGGACAGACACCCCCACUUCCCCUGUAGUGGACCUAAGCAUGUCUCCCUUCUCCCGCCACACCCCCAGCUCUCCAGAAAUGACCAACUACAUCCCCUCAGGGAAUUCUCACAUCUCACAGGCCUUUCAGUUUUUUUUGCCUAUCGGAGCUGGGGCAGGACUUCACCUUGCAUCCUCCAUGUUCAUUGGCCAGACGAGCAACAAGAGAGCUUCUCCUGACUUCUCAGCAGAUGAACAGCUGGCCUGCCACUGGAAGAAGUGCCAUCUGCUCUUUGACUCCCUGCAAGACCUGGUGGACCAUGUCAACGACUUCCAUGUGAAGCCCGAGAAGGAUUCUGGGUACUGCUGCCACUGGGAGGGCUGUGCUCGCAAAGGGAGGGGUUUCAAUGCAAGGUACAAGAUGCUCAUCCACAUCCGCACACACACGAACGAGAAGCCCCAUCGCUGCCCCACCUGCAACAAGAGCUUCUCACGCCUGGAGAACCUCAAGAUACAUAACCGGUCACACACAGGUGAAAAGCCCUACGUUUGUCCUUACGAGGGUUGCAACAAGCGCUACUCCAACUCCAGCGACCGCUUCAAGCACACACGCACACACUAUGUGGACAAGCCCUACUACUGCAAGAUGGUGGGCUGCCUGAAGCGCUACACAGACCCCAGCUCACUCCGCAAGCACAUCAAGGCCCAUGGCCACUUUGUGGCUCAGGAGCAGGGUUCCCCAGGUGGGGUGGGGUCCAUGCUGAGGGGGAGUCAAAGUGGAGUGCUGGCUGGUGAAAGGGGGAGGGAUUCAGAGCUGUCUUUUGUGAGUGCAGCCCACAUUAUCAUCCCAGGGGCAGCGGCUGCUCUCCUGGGAGGCCAUGCUCUGCAUGGACUGGGUGGUGCUCUACCCCUUUCUCCCCUCAGUCCUCGGCCCCUGGACCUCAGCACACUGGGUUGCCCCGGCUCAUCUCCAGGCAGCCUGGGAGGCACAUCUAUCCUGUCCUUCAACGGCUCCCCGCUUCGUCUGGCCAAAUCUCCUCUGCUCUCCCAAGUGUUCUCCUCCUCGGCCAUGGGCCUGUCGAUGAUGCCCAUGCUGGGGGCCUCGUCUGCGCGCAGGGCCGUGAGCCAACAUGCCAAGAGGGGCCGGGGGGAGGAGUCCGAGAACGAGGUGACUGGGGGGGUCCUGAACCUCUCCACGGGAUCCCAUGAUCCCCUGUCCUGGGUGGUCAUCCCCCCAGGCACCGCGGUGCUCAAGCCAGCUGUGGUCAACUGAUACACACACACACACACACACACACACACACACACAUUCCAUUA